CCUUCCGGGAUCCCCGGCUCCUGUUCGCCCCAGUCUCCGCUGUGGAGGAGAGCGAUGCGGCUCGGAGAGUCCGGAGAGGUCGGUGAGUGUGGAACCCAGCAGGAGCGCAUGAGAUGCCCGGGAAUAUGAGCAAAGAAGACGGACCGAGUCGGAGCUCAUGUUUUACUUUCACCAUCGACAGCAUCUUAAACCUUAAGCAGCGGCAGGACUGUGCGCGUUUGGACGUUUUAAAGGACACUGAGUGUAAAAAUGAUUUUCAGAGAUGUCAGGAAGUGUGGGACGUCCCGAGAAAGCAGCACAUCGAUGAGACAGAUAAUCCCGCAGCCCGUUCAGCGGAUCGGGGGAAGACCAGCGCGUCACCCACCGAUCCAUCCUCUCCGGGUGCGCACAUUGCGCACGGUCCGGAGCACCAGCCGUCUGCCGCCGACACCAAAGCCACGGUCAAGAAGAAGACCCGCACCAUCUUCUCCAAGAGGCAGAUCUUCCAGCUGGAGGCCACCUUCGACAUGAAGCGCUACCUGAGCAGCUCAGAGAGGGCAUGCCUCGCCAGCUCGCUGCAGCUCACGGAGACCCAAGUAAAGAUUUGGUUCCAGAACCGCCGCAACAAGCUGAAGAGACAGCUGUCCACGGACACAGAGAGUCCGCUGGGCGCGGAGCAUUUCACUGAGGGGGGGAAAAACACGCAGUUGGCGAGUUUUUACAAAGACAGCAGCCUGCUGGGCGGAUGUUUGUUACCGAUGCCUUUCCCCGUCGUUUAUCCGACUGCGAACGCUGCGCCUUACAUCUACUUCUCCAACUCUGGCAAAUAUUUUGGCCUGUUUGAUACAGACUGAUGUUUUCUUUUUUCUUGGACACUACGGGCGACAAUCAUCUGCGAUCAGCAUAUUAUUCUAUUACUUUAUUUUUUGUAUUUUUUGCGGCCGCUUUGGGUAUUUUUGUUGAACAUACAUCUCAAAAAUGCAUGUGCCACUUUUAUUAUUAUUAUUAUUAUGACUAUUAUUUUUAUUAUUAUUAUUAUUGAAUGGCGUUUAAAAUCAUCAGAGCAAGGAUUAUAUCGCAUCAAGUCUCUCUGAUUGAAUGUACCAAGUGAGAAAUCAGCUUUCUUACUGCGCGGUACUUGUGUGCGUUUUUGCGCGCGCGAUUCUGAACUUCUGUAUUUAUAUAACGACUUAUUGUUUAGUUUUUUUCAACGGUUUAUGCUCACUUGACCUUCAAUAAGACUAUUAAACUGUGAACGCAGUUUUGAUCAUGAAAACAAAAGGUUUUGCAAUUAAAAGUGGAAUAUAUGCAAUCCAUACAGACACUGAACGGAAAUAAAAAAAAUUACUAUUAAAGCUUUUUUUUGUAGUUUUUAGGUAAUAAGUUGAAGGAUUUUUUUAAAUAUAAUUUUUAUAAUCUAAAAAUGCUGUCUGCAAACUUUACUAAAAGCAAACUCCAGCCAUUUUAAAGGUUUUCUGAUUUACUGAAAGCCUGGUACUUUGAUAUAGAUCUGUGCAGCCAAAUAUGUUACAGAGGACAGUUUAUUUUACUGUUCCGAAAGAGAAGUCCGUAAAUACUUCAAAUAAAAUGUAAAGCAAAUAAAAAAUAACAAA